CUUGUCAUUGCGGAGUGAUCAAAAGCGCGUCGUCUGCGUUUUCCUUUUGGAGCGAGUGCGGCCACUUUUGGAAACAGAGGAGGUUGAGUGUGUUGGAGCCAAGUGUAGUGGUGUGUGGGGUCGCGGCAUCUUUUACAACUUAUUUCAAUAGUUCCGGGAAAAGCAAACACUGCGCUGUGUUUUUAAACAUCGCCCGAAUCGCCGGUGCUGUUCUUGCUGUUGCUGCGUGCCUCUGUACGUACGUACGUGCGCGCUCGGUGCUGUAUUUCCCUAAUAGAGCAGCACCAGCGGCCAGCUGGUCUGUGAGCGGCACGGGCUGUCAGCCGAACAUGCUACCGAGCCAGGCCGGGUCGGCGCACACUGGGAACGGCUCCACGGGCGCCAGGGAGAGCAGCGCCGCAGGGCUUCGUUCGGGCUCCGGCUCCGGCUUGGCCAGGAGAGGGUUAAUCGAGGUGGCAGCGCGGCCCGCGGACGGGGCAGCGAUGUUGGGGGGGAACGGUGCGGGAGGAGUGGGGUCCCGGCCGGGGGCGCGCCAGGGCAACGGGGCGGCUGCGCUGGGCAGCUUGCAGGGCGCCGGUGCGGCUGUGGGAAUCGGAGCAAUGAGCCUUCCGUGCGGGAGCCGCUACGAAACCGACCGAGAGACCGUGAGCCAGGGGGGGUGCAGCGGCUCGGAGCCCGACUCAGACCUGGGGGAGGAUGACGACCCCAUCAGUUCGUCGGCGGAUGUGAGGAGGGGCGUGAAGCGAGAGAGAGCGGACAUGGAGGCGGCGGUGGCGGCGGCAGCGGGCUCCGAGCUCGGGCUUCCCCCCGGGAGCUUCGCCGGGGCCGCCGCAGGGGUCGCGGGAGCGAAGCCCGGAAAGAAGACGCGCGGACGGGUGAAGAUCGAGAUGGCGUUUAUCGACAACAAGCUGCGGAGGUAUACCACGUUCAGCAAGAGGAAGACGGGCAUCAUGAAGAAGGCCUAUGAGCUGUCCACGCUGACGGGCACUCAGGUGCUGCUGCUGGUCGCCAGCGAGACGGGCCACGUGUACACGUUUGCUACGCGCAAGCUGCAGCCCAUGAUCACGAGCGAGACGGGCAAGGCCCUCAUCCAGACGUGCCUGAACUCCCCGGACUCGCCGCCGCGCUCGGACCCCUCGAGCGACCAGCGCAUGAGCGCCACGGGAUUCGAGGAGACCGACCUCACCUACCAGGUGUCCGAAUCGGACAGCUGCACGGAGAGCAAGGAUCCCCAGAAGCCCACCUUCACGGUGGCCAGCCUUCCGGGAACCACGAGCAGCACUCAGCCAGGAGUUGCAGCAGGGAGCGCCGCCACCACCACGUCGGGUGCGGCGCAGGCUGCCGUCGGCGGUCCCUCGUUCCCCAUGACCACGUGCUGGCCCAUCUCGGCAGGCGCCAACACCAACAGCAUGGCCAGCGCUAACGGCACUGUGCUGAAGGCCGCAGGCGGUUCCGGGAGCGUCAUGCAGCUGCCCAGCGGCUUCACUCUCAUGUCAGGCACACCUCUUCCUCCUGGCACACCCACCAUUCCUCUGAGCCAGCUGCAACCACACUCGCUGGCCAUCCAAGGUCAGCAGGCUCAGACCAUCACCACUGCUGCCCAGACGCAGCAGGGCCAUCAGGCCGUCUUCCGCUUCCCCGCCGCCGUCUCGCUCGCAGGCGGAGCUGUGCCGCAGCCCCUCCAGGCCAUCCAGGUGCACCCCGGCACACAGCAGAGCGCCCCCGUCAGCACGUCCGACAGCACCGCGGAGUUGUCCCAGGCCUCCAGCAGCUCCACAGUGAGUCUCCCGGCAACCAUCGUCACGUCAUCGGUGCCCACGUCCAUGGCGGGCCACAUGAUGUACCCCAGUCCGCACGCGGUGAUGUACGCCCCCACGCCUACGCUGGCUGACGGUGGCCUGGCUGUGCUCAACGCCUUCCCCCAGGCAGGCCCCGGCAUGCAGGUGUCGCACACACAGCCUCCGGACACAGGUGCCAUUCCUCAGGUGUUCCUCACGGCCCCCUCCGGAGCGGUGCAGAUCCCCGUCUCGGCGGUGCAGCUACACCCUAUGGUGAUCGGCCAGCAGACCGGAGGCAGCAGUACCAACCUCACGGAGCUACAGGUGGUCAACCUGGACGCCCCCCACGGCGGCAAGAGUGACUGACAGUGGUUGGGCUCCCCAGGAAACACCCAGGGAACGCAGAUGGCACGUGGAUAGACUGCCAGCCCUAUUUAUUGAUGCCUUGUCACAGCCUUUUUGUACAUAUCAUUGGAGUUUGUGUGUGUAUGUGUGUGUAUCAGUGAGAGCACAGAGGAGAGGGGGUGCCCUUAUGGCUCUCCAUCUCAUGGAGGUGUUCCACACUUGAGAAUGUCUUUGUGUGUUUCAAUAUUGCAAUGUUUUGUGUGACAUGCACACACACCACAGUUGCCACGGCUUCAACUUUUAGCCAAAGAGACCUUCAUGUGUAUAAUACGUGCGCGUAUGUGUUAAUAAGAAUGGGAAUCGGUUGAGUAUGGAAACAUUCAUGUGCUUUUUAAGCACAGAGUUCAUAUUAAUGCUGUUUGUGCAUUGGCAUGUGGCUUUUUUAAAAAUCUUUCUAUGUGAGUGAAAGUGAAAUGAAGUUCAUAAUAUGGAACAUGUAUGCAAACUAAUGUAACAAAUGACAUGUUAAUAUGUAUACAUUCAUGGGGAA